UGUAACUGCAGUGUAUUUAAAUGUGUUAAAGUGUAAUACUUGUUUGCUGUAUACAUUGCCAGAAUUUUCCAAAAAAAGUGAAUAAAUAAAUGAAACAUUUUUUCUGAAAACUCUUGCGUUGUGAUUCAAAUAAUCCAAUUAUGACUGUUACUCGCAAAUGUUGGUUAGGUUUUUUUAUAAUUAUUUUCGCAUCGCCCGUACUUUUCUUCUUCUUGUUUAUUGAUCAUGCGGUUUCGUAUUUAAAAGCGCCGUUUUGGUACUUUUUUCAGAAUCAGGAAAUUCCACCUACUUACUUGGAAAAAUUUUGUGGAUCUAUACAUAAAGAUCUACUUUUGGAUGAGAUUUGUUUGGAAUGGUUUUACAAAGCCACUCAUUACUGUGCUCACAAAUUGAUUACUUCUUCAGAGAAUAAUCCACAUAUAUUUAGCCUAUUUAGCAAAAUUUUUAGACGUUCUCAUAAUAGAAGUGUACAAGGCAAUAAAUUUCCAAUUAGUAUAAUACCAGAUUUAUUGUCAACUGAGGAGUGUUCCGUUCUUUUCGCCGAUAUGGUAGAUGAUUAUAUUAAUCAUGCACCAGUUUAUAUAGCAACAGGAAAGAUAAAUUUAUGCCUGUGGACUGUAUUGCGUAUGUUAACUGUUAUGCUGAUAUCGGCAAUUGUACUGCUUCUAAUCAUAAAAAUUUUCAUCAAGACUGGUAGACAUAAGGCCAUAAGUUAUACGGAACGAGAACGUUUAAGGUUAUAUGAACAAAGGGAACAACAAGCUUAUAGAAGAAGUGUAUGUAUUAUAUCGGAAGAGCUUCGGCGUUUAGGAACUGCUCAUCUGUUUCGACCAGAUGAUUUUAUUGCAAAAACUAAUGUUCCAAUGGUAGUAAUGAGAAUGGAUUCAAAAAUUAAAUUUACUUCAAACAUUGUCGGUCGAAGUUGGUCAGGCGUCACGCGUCUUUAUCGUAUAUCUAACGAAAGCAUCUCAAAAGAUGAAGAUACGCGAUAUGGAGACGGUGAGAAUCCGCUAUAUCAGCAUAAAGUGUUAAAGUUUUUACAUGAAUAUGCUGGUGAAAUACGUGUUGUAUUUUUAUUUAAUGAUAAACCAGACUUAAUUGAAACAGAUGCUCCAGUUGCUACUGCAACCAAACGCAAAAAUUCACGUUCCUUUCUAACGCCUAGAUCAUAUUCACAUAAUUCCGGAUCAUCACAAAGAAGAACUUCAUCAGCACCAACCACACCGACAAAGACUCCAGCAAUUGCAAUUUCUAGAUCGAGAACUCCAUCACCUAUUAAGUGUAAUAGACCUUUAUCACAAGGAAGAACACCAUCUCCAUCACCAGCAACAACUACUAGAUCCAGAACUCCAUCACCAACUAAAAAUACAAGGUGUUCAUCACCAGUAAAAGCUUCAGCGCAAACUAAAAUUCCAGGAACGUUAGAAAAAGCUGCAAAAACAUUCUCCAAACCACCAAUUAAGAAGGCAAUUGAUAAGACUAUAGGUACAUCAACUAAAGGAGCUAAAACUUAUGAUUCAUAUAUUCAUACUAGUAAAAUACCAAAAUUUACACAGAACGUUCCAGCAGUAAGAAGUACAUCUCAUAUCGGAACAGAGGCACGUCCGACUAUCCAACAUUCGUUUUCACAUUCACGUUCACGUUCUUUUGACAAAUCUGCAACGUUUAUGACUGCAACAAAACCUUCCUCACCAUCCAAAAUUCCACGUUCCCACAGCAAACUGGGUCCGUCUAACAAUUCCAAGUAAAACGUUAAAAGACAUUCAACUUCAAAUAUUUUUACGUUUUCAGUUUUUAAAUAAAAUAAAAAUUACAGAAAUAAAUUGAUAAUUCGAAA